UAUAUUUGUAUAAUAUACAAAUUCUCUAUCAUACAACUUUUAAAUAACGAACUUAGACAACGGAUAUCAUCAGUUGGUCAGGAGACGCCAGGCGAGAAAGACGUGUCGACGUCAACUCCAACGCCAUAUUACUUCCACUGUCUUUACUCAUCGUUACUUGUCACUAACGAGCAACUUGGAUAAAAUGCCGAAGAAAAAGGGAAAAAAGCAGCCAGAAGGGCGAAUAGAACCCAAGAAGGCUGCUAAAGGAAGUGAUUCACCCCACCUACUGGAACACCCAUGUGAAUCACAAAAUACCCCUCACCGGCCACAACACCCCUCUGAAUCAGUAAAUACCCCCCACCUUCACCACCCAUCCUUCUCCUCAUCAAAUUCAUCAUCACUCUCCCAAGAACCAUCUUAUUCGUCAUCAAAUUCAUCACAUCCCCAUGAAGUAUCAUCCCUGUCAUCAAAUUCCUUCCAACCCGAAGAUAAACGCAUCCCACGAUUUCACACCCCACGAAGACGCAACAGACAAAGUCACAAGCACACUGGACAUAAAAAGUGCCAAAUUAAGGGCAAACGCAAGCACAGACGCAGGCACUGAAUAAUAACUGAAUAACUGAACAGAAAGUGUAGUUCUACCUUGCAACUACUAAACAACAAAUGAGACGUUCAUUAUUAUUGCACUUAUAGACUUUAAAUGUAAAGUGAGACCUAAUUAUGACAUUAAACCUAAAUAAUGGAUUGAGAGAAAGGAUUACAAGUACAUAGCAAUGAUACAGUUGUGUACAUUAUGCAUAAUUGAGAGGAAUAUGUUAUAACCACUAAAGUAUAUAUGUGGACCUUUGGUCAGUUUCUGUAUAAGUUUAAUCUUUUUUAUUCAAAGUGAGAAAAGGAAUUGACAUUUAAACUUACAGUAACCAUGGAUUGAUCCUUUAAUAUAUGAUAUGCUUGAUUCCAAGUUCUACCUUUUAAUUAUACGGAUAAAUGCACUCUUCGUUGACAGACAUGCUAGAAACAAUCUAUAGUCAGGACUUAUUUUGUGUUCAACAGGGAGGCGUGGUUAGUACCUUCUCUAUACAAACUCGACAGCCCUGCGGGUACCUUUGAAACAUUUCAUUCACACAUAUAUUCUUUAAUUCUAAUUUCAGUUUACUAGUCCCUCACCAUAUGAAUUAAGUUCACUUCACUUGGAUAUACCGUACUGUACAAAUUUUAUAAGUCCCUUUAUGGUCUCUGUACUUUAGUUUCAGCUACCUUCUUAGUAUCAUUAGUUUCUUGGCUUCCUAAUAUAACCUUGUCAUAUUUCGCCUAUAAACUUUGGGACAGUACCUGCUUUUAUGUAUUGUGUACUGUAUACUGCAAGUAUGCAAAGCAAGAUGGUUUGAAACUGAGUAUUACGCAUAAAUAAAAUUACAACAGAUAGAAAAAGAUUAGAUUGGAAUUUGUGUUGGUUCAUUUCAGUGAUUAUUCUAUCUAGUGUUUUAACAUUUAAAAGAUUAUUUAUAUUGUAGUUGAUAAUAUUAUACACCAAUAGACAUUAUAGGCAACAAAAUUCUUAGCAAAUGUUCUAUGUAAGCUUUCAAUAGUCUUCACAUCUGAAAGUGGUUUAAAUGUAAAGGCACACUAAGGAAGAGAAUCAUUUAGUAAAGAAAACAUUUUCGAAGCUAAAUCUUGUUAACAAAUUGAAUACAGUAUUAUGAAAAAAUAUUAAGAGUACAAUGUAUCCUCACACGCUUGCUAAGUCUAUCUUUUGAUACCUACUUGCCUAUAAUUAUCUUACAUAAAAUGAACAAAUGCACAAGGGCCGUGAAGAGUUUUUUUUUAUGUUGAUUGUUCAAUGAUCCCUUGAACUAUAUGUUUAACACAUCUCUAACCCUGUCCAUGGAGGACAGAAGAAAAUGUAUAUAUGCUGGU